GCAGUAUUUUAUCACUAGGAAGUAACUCAAAGAAAGUAGGUUAUGUUAAUGUGAUGUGCGUGCACUACGUCGUUCGACGCAUUAAACGUGUAAUUUCGAAGAAGAUUUGAGAUAAUUGCAGCCGCAAACGUGACGUACUCUGAAAGAGACAAGGAAAGGCAACACAAUGUCUUUACGCUCAUAUUCGCUUCUGAGGGGAGUCCACAGGACAUACGGCAGGAAAUUCGGUACAGCUGUUAAGGUGAAGGACGAGCAAGCGGCUCAAGUGUGCUCGUUUCGCACGACAGAGAGCAAUCCAGUCAAUCACAGUGCAGAGCACAUUGCCAGAUUGUAUACAGUGCCGACGGACAUUCAGCAGCAGCUCUUUCAGCACGGAGGCUUGCCUAACAUGUUCAUGAAACAAAUCACCACUUUUCAAGAGUGCGGGAUAUUGAUCAGGCAACCUGCGAUCGAGAUUAUGUCUUAUCUCAGUCAGGCCGACUAUACGAGGCCUGUCAAUAAAUAUGUAUUAUACGGGAAACAUGGAACGGGAAAAAGUAUCAUAUUGAGUCACAUACUGCACUACGCUCUUAUGCAGAAUUAUUUACUUGUUCAUGUAUAUUGGGCUGCACGUUGGUUCAAGGACUUUAAGGAGGUUGCGACCUCGACGUUAUUCCCAGGCUGCAUGGAUCUACCGCUCGACGCUGGGAUGUGGCUGAAACACUUCAAAUCGCAAAACUCGAAGUUACUUUUGCAAUUAGACCUCAAAGUAACCAAGGAUUACACGUGGAAUCAGCGCGAAAUGAGUCCACAAGGUACUCCGAUCUUGGAGUUCAUUGAUUUUGGCAUAAACCGUAUGAAGUACGCCUGCGGCGUGGUGGACGCGCUGAUAAAGGAACUGAAGCUCGCCAGUACCGCGGGGAGGUGCAAGACAUUGGUCAUGAUAGACGGAUUCAACGCGUUUACAUCGGAUUACACGAACAUCCGCGACGACAACAAGAUAAUGGUUCUGCCCAAGCAAGUCUCGCUGGCGAGACCGUUCUACGAUCUGACGAAAGACGACUGGUGUAACGGUGCAAUUGUAAUGUCGGUAGACGAGAAGGCAAAUAAGGAAAGACGGGAAUCCCAUCUGCCCAGAUAUUUGCUAGGCAAAGAAGGCUUCGAGCAUCUGGAUCCCUUCCUGCCUGUUUUAGUUGAAGACUUCAAUAACGCGGAAUUCGACAGUAUGAUAGAAUAUUAUAAGGAUCGCAAGUGGAUCAGAAACAUAACACCCGACGGUCAGAGAGAAUUAGAAUUAAUUACUAAUAAAAAUCCGCUGGUCUUAAUGGACCGAUGUAAAUUCUUAUAGAAGAAAUAGAACAGAGGUAUUUAUAAUAAACUUUUUGAAGUUUUUA